UCACUUUGGUUCCAGUCACUGUUCGACCCUGACCCAUUGCACAAGCCCCCUUCCGCUGCUUGUGCUCCGCGACAAAGAAAAAAUUUUCAAGGCUAUACGAAUCUGUGAACUUUACAAGUUUUGACUUAUCUGAAACAAUUCGAAGAACUUCUAAUAGAAUGGACAUUUUGGGUCUAAUUUUCGUGGUCGCGACGUAUUUUACUCUUAUCCUUUGGGGGUGCUGGUUAAUCUGGCAAAUUUCAAAAGACGGCAAAAAGAAGAAAAAUAAGGGUGUUUUCAUUUCAAAAGCAGGCCGCUCAAUCAUCCAAGAGGAACAAAUCGAGCUGCUCAGAUCCCCUGGAAGUAGGUGGACCACGCGACUGGGUCUCGCUAUCUCCCUAUCUGACGACCUUAUCGUGACGCGCCUCCAUCCCGGCGUGGCGGAGCGGGACGGCCGGUUGAAAAUCGGAGACCGCAUUAUCCAAGUGACCACACCAGCGGGGAAGGACGUCAACCUGAUCGGAAUGGAGAAAUGGAUGGCCGUCAAUAUAAUGAAGGCGGGGAGAAGGGUCAAGUUUCUGGUGAGACGGUUGGUAACCAAGGAGGCGCCAAGGGAUCGAGUGGAAACGUACAUCAAGGCAGCCGACGGCGUGACGGUGGAGAUCAUGUCGAAGGGUAAACGCGAAAAUAAGGCGGACCUUGGUAAGAAAGUAAGGGAACAAAGCGAGAAACAGGAUGAUGCUACCAUUGAAUCGGAUUAUACUGACUUGACCUCUGAAUCGAAUUCGGAUGAUACUGACCUGACCUCUGAAUCAGAUGAUUCUGACGUGACCCCUGAAUUGAAUGAUACUGACCUGACCUCUGAAUCGAAUCAUAAUGACUUGACCCCUAAAUCUGAGAGCGAUAAUGUGUCCUCGGGGUUGGAGGGGGACAGUGAGGUCCUUAAGGCCUGUGAGGCGGAGAAGGAGGAAGCGUAUGAGGUCUGUAAAGAGGAAGGGGAGGAUGUGACCCUUGAUCAGCCUGAGGAUCUUCAAGAAAUCCAUCACGAUUCCGACUCUGAGCUGAGUGAGCUAUGGGAUAUCAUCACGUGCGACGAGUAAAUAGUGGUUCUCACAGAAACCACAAAUAUCUAGCUAUUUACAUACGUAUGCAUGUAUGCAGUUGUAGAAUUAUCAAUAAUAUUUCAGCGCAUAUUUCGCAAAUAUUAAUCUUAGUAGGAAGCAUCGUAUUUAAUUUAAUUGUUAAGCAAAAUAUUCGAGUAGAAAUAAUGAACUAUUCGAAAUUACAUAUGUAUGAGGAGUUAAAUUUAGACCUAAAUUUGACUCAAUGUUUACAAAGAAAAUAUGCAUGGAUUUGCUUAUCCCUCCCUAGUAUUUUUGUAAGUUUGAAACAUUUCAGAGUUGUCAUACAUAUGGUUGUUUUCAUUAUUUAUUCUUGUGUGUAUUAUGGAAAAUAAAUAAGUGGAUACUAUUCAAA